AUGCCGUUUCUUAAAAAGCUAUUUCGUCCGUCCAGUGCUCCCCAAGCUACCCGUUCGACUCGUCGCGCCUGGCCCCUAUUGCGGCUUUCGAGAAGCGCACCGCUGCCAAACCAGCCUGGGCACAAUGUGAACAGCAUUGAUGAGCCAGGGUGGUCUCUGAUCGACCACGAAGAAACGUCCACUUCGCUUGCUGGCAAUGCAACAUCGAGCUCAGCUGACGAUCAUAUCUCGCCUUCCCAUACUGAAUUCAAUGCGCAAAUUAGUAUCAGCGCGGCAUCUGCUCACAGGAGCAGUGAUUCUAAUGAAGUUUCCCGGUCUCAGCAUGGCUCCAAGCGCCUCAAGAACUUUGUGCACCGCCUGCGCGGAAGCAAAUAUCAAGAACGAGUUUCUGUGCUGUCGAUGAGGGAAGCUCUUCAGCAGACUGGGCCUGGCGAUGACGGGCCCCAGGCGACCACCGAUCCUGUCAAGAGAGACCUGAAUCCUUCAAAUACCCCACUUGAUCUCGAAGGCACAGAGACAAACCGCCAUGUCAGCGCCCAGACAGCUGACUCCCAUGAAUCCAAGGACACUGCCUUGACCGUUCGUCGAUACCCAUCCCAGAUCCCUCUCCAGGAACUGGAAGAAGGCUGGCUGAAGAACGUGAUGAACUUCCACCCGCACUCUGACGGAUCAGAGCAUGCAUCACAUUGCUCCUUCUCGGAGCAUCCUUCCCCGGGAUUCCCUCUUUCAGACUACCCCGUCCUGGAGCAGCAUCCGCCCCACCCCCUCUCAGAGCACCCUCUUGCAGCAUCGGAUCCUUUCUCUGAUGGCAAAGCUACGGAAAGCUCGUUCCCAAGCCGUGAGUCCUCCAAAUACAGCGACAAACAUGGGGCAAGGUCGGUUGGGAAUUCGCUGGAACAACUGGAAUCCGCGAAAACCAAGAGCACACUAAAUCCAUCAACCAAGUCGCAUGCCGGCACACGUCAGGCUUCUACGCAAAGUCAUGCCUCCGCUGCCAGUCAAGCCAGUCGAGGCAGUCGACUGAGCCACCUCGACCCAACAAAGGCGAGUGUCGCAUUCAAUGCACUGACUGCGGAGUUGAAUCUUCAGUUUCAUAUUCAUCCUGCUGUUGCUGAGGACAUUAAUCCUGGCUCCGACGCUGACGAGAAGCCAAGAGCAGACGAGGAGAACGUAUCCCGCCGACACCGAUUGUUUCAUCGAGUUCGCCCCGUGCAGUCGAGCCUGACCCUGGAAGUUGAUUCUCAGCCGCGGGCCCCGAGACUUCGACGAGCCAGGACAUUUGCUAGCCUCGGACGCCGGACCGAUCCCAUGAGUUCUCUGCAAGGCCGAUCUAUCGAGACUCUGGCGCGUUUGGGAGGCCAUAGCUUUAUCGUUCUGCCUUCACACCUGGCACCUUCUCCGCUGCAGCUACCUGCAUGUAUUGUGAUGUGCGUGAUGUACUUGCGAAAACGAGGUGCCAGUACUUCGGCCAGGCUUUUCCUCGACCCGGGAAACAUCAAGAGGGCCAUCGGCCUGUACGACGAAUUUGCCAAGCAUGUUCUCUCCGCCGAGAAAGACAACAGUCAGAUCGCCCUCACCAUGCGUGUGAUCACCAUGCCCCCAAAUGAAACCGACGCCUCGCCGCACUAUGCACUGGUCGUGGCCUGGGCGCUCAAGGCCUUGCUGGAAGGACUGCCAGGCGGCAUUCUCGGCUCUGCUCGACUCUACGAGGCUCUGAAAUCUAUUUAUUUUUCCGAAACCUCUACAAGUCAUCGAGUGCGUCUGAUCUCGCUCGCUAUUAUCGCGCUGACUAGCGAGAUGCAAUGUGCGCUCAUCUGCGCAAUUUUCGGACUGCUCACUGGUAUGCUCCAAGAGAUGAGUCGCCUCGCACAGCAGGAACUCUCCGGGAAUGUCCCCCGGCCGAUGGCAAGCGUGACUGAUGCCGAUCGGCUGGGCCGGGUAUUCGGUCCGCUGCUGAUAGGAAGGAACAUUCGAGAUACUGGACAGGAGAAAGUGGAACGGGAGAUCGAGGAGCAACGUGUGGCGGGGCUGCUCCUUGAACAUUGGAGCGGCGUAAGCCGGAAGAUGCGUGAAUGGGCUCGCGGACCAGGCCAUCGGGGCUGA